GGUAUAAAAUUAGAAGGAGGUGCCGAAAUGGCUGAUUCAAUUCGAAAAAUAACAAGUGUAGGAAUACCAGUGAUAGGUCACAUAGGUUUAACACCCCAGCGACAAUCAUCAUUAGGUGGAUAUCGUGUUCAAGGAAAAACUGCACAAAAAGCAUUGAAAAUUAUAGAAGAUGCUUUAGCUUUACAGGAAUCAGGAUGUUUUGCCAUAUUACUAGAAGCAAUGCCUGAACCUGUUGCAACUACUAUUACAAAAAAAUUAAAUAUUCCCACUAUAGGUAUUGGUGCUGGUAAUGGUACAAGUGGUCAAGUUUUGGUACAACAAGAUAUGUUGGGAAUUUUUGAUAGAUUUGUUCCAAAGUAA